GGAAUAAAAACGGCACGUGCAGAGGAGCGUCCCACUCUUAACGACAGUUCGCUCUUCUGUAACGAUCGUGUGUCAUACGAGCGCGCAUCCGCGAGCCGUGCGAAUAGCAAAGUCGCCUAAACGAUCGUGAUCAGUGAAGUGAUAUACAACGAUGGAGAACGGAUCGUUCGCGAUUAACCGCUCCGCCGAAGAGACGGCGAAACAAUUUCAAGUUUAUCUCAGAAAACACGAGAACGACGACAAAUUGGUGAUUUCGGAGGUCGUGGACAAGCCAGGGUCAAAAAUCGGCGACAAUUAUACGUCGGUGUUGAUCAGAUCGAAACUCGUCGGCACACGCGGGGAUGGAAGUCCGUAUGCCAAGACUUUUAUGACGAAGACGCUCAGUCUAGCACGCGGAAUCUCUAAUUUAGUGGACCUUACCGAUUUGUUCCGUAUGGAAGCGUACGUCUAUCAAAAAAUAUUGCCCACGCUUGGACCUUUCGGCCCUCAAUGUAUACACGCCGACGAAGAGAACAUAAUAAUGGAAGAUUUGGCAGAGAAGGGAUACACUAACUGCGAGAGACGCAACUUCUUGGACUUGGAUCACUCUGUCUACGCCUUAAGAAAACUUGCCAAACUACAUGCUUCAGCUUUAGCUAUAAAGAUCAAGGACCCGCGGCAGUUUGACAAGUGGAACAACUCAAUGACGGAAGUAUUUUACAAAGAUGCGUCCGAAACGUCAGCAGCAAGGAUGUGCACCGAAAUGUGUACCCAGCUAACGCUGAAAUACUUGGAAGUGAUCGAGCCGCGAACGCAAGAGCUGCAAAACGUUAUAGAUCACAUUAGCACUUACAACAACAAGACUUACGACACGAUGCAUCGACUGUUCAAUGGGCCGAAGCAGAAGUAUUUCACGAUUUGCCACGGCGAUCCGUGGACCAACAAUCUGCUCUACCUGCACGACAAAAACGGCCGGAUACUCGACUUGAAAAUGGUGGAUUACCAGAUAAGCAGGCACAUCUCAGUUUCCACGGACAUUCUUUACUUGAUAUACAGCAGCGUGCAGUCGUCGUUGAUCGAGAAGAGUUUCGAAAGCCUAAUCAAGAUCUAUCACAACGAGUUUAUUAAAGAGCUUCGCCGUUGCCACGUAAACGAAAAGAUUUUGGCGGAGGUCGGCACGGAGUGGCUGAAUUCGGAGCUGAAAGCUUUCUCGUUUUACGGAGCGGUCGUCGGGUGCUUUUUGGUAAAUCCGAUUUUAGCGGAGGAGGAGGAGGCGUUACAGUUCGAGUCCGGCUUCGGGCCGGAAAACCCAUUGUUUACGGCCGAAAGUGUUGUGAACCCGAAGAAACUUGAUCGAAUUAAACAGAUCUUGUUGCAUUAUUACAGGAGGUUCGUUGAAAACGUUGUUCGAGACGAUCUCCAACCGAUUCCCAUUACAUAAUGGUAUUAAGAUGAUGCUGGUAUGAAUUAAAAUACUAUUUGUCAUAUCGAUCGAUG